CUCUUCCUCGCGCGCAGGGUUUUCCCCCAAAAUUUUCCCGCCUCGUCAUCCCUCUUCAUCUCCGUUCACUCGCCGGGACUCCAGACUCGACUUCUUCGGCCAACCGGAGAUCAUAGUCACUCGUUCCGUCGCCGUUGCUGUUGCCGUCGGGACUCAAUGCUCUGCUUCUUCGCCCGAUCACCAUCUCAUCUCCGUCCGUUCUCUACUCGGUAUCACAGAGUCGUCGACGGCUGUCAUCUCCGUCCGUGCUUCUUUCCCCCUAAAGGUCGCCCAUUGAGAGUACCUUUACUGCUCCCUCUAGUUUAUGCAGCUCCAAUUCUUAUUUUCGGUGGUUUGUGGAAUUGAUAGGGUUUUUUAUGUGUAAUUGGGUUUUCAGUUUGGUAAUUGAGUAUUGGAUUGACGAUUAAUUAAUUUAGUGGAUGCUAAACUGAAAUUGGAGAAUGAAAAUUGUCAUAUAAGAUUGUCUCAAUUCUCAAACACCUAUGGUAAAUUAGGGGCAGGGGAGCAAUAGGUGUGCUUAUACUGUCAAAUUAGAAUGAGAUGGUUUUGUGUUUACUUUGAAUUUGGAUUACAAAUGUGUCCAUGUUUUAUUGGUUUGGUUCUCGAUUGACAAUGUUAAUGACUUUAAAUUUCUGUAUUGUUUUUGUUAGUUACCAUGAAGAGGAAACAAAAGAAGUUAGAUGCAUAUUUUACAAGAAAUGUUUUGCCAUGCACUAAUCAUUUGGAAGAGGAAGUACAAGUAGUUCCUGGAGCUUUGAAUUUGGGCAUUGAUGAGAGCUCUAAUGUUGUGGUGAAUGAGGAUUCUCUCAUUAGUCCGAGAGUGACUAAUCCAUCCUUCUCUUACUACAAUGACGAAGUCAAAAGUACCGUGCUAGGUAAUGCUUCGAAGAAUGCAAAGUAUACAUCACCCGAUAUUCAGAAGCAAAUUCUUCAUGUGCUAGCUAAGAAGGUACGCAACAAAAUAUUUUAAGAAAUAGGAGAUUCUAAAUUCUCCAUCAUUGUGGAUGAGGCUUGUGAUGAGAGUAAACAUGAACAAAUGGCUAUCAUUCUUCGAUUUGUUGAUUCUCAAGGGCUUAUCCAGGAGAGAUCCUUCGAUGUUGUCCAUGUUAGAGAUACAACAUCAAUGACUUUGCACACUUCGAUUUGCUUAACUCUUUCUUCCCAUAAGUUUGCUAUUCAGAAUCUUCGUGGGCAGGGAUAUGAUGGUGCUAGUAAUAUGCGUGGUGAAUGGAGUGGUUUGAAAGCAUUGUUUCUGAAAGACCAUCCUUAAGCUUAUUAUGUGCAUUGUAUGGCUCAUCGUCUUCGAUUAGCACUAGUUGCGGCAUCUAAAGAUGUGACAGCUGUGCACGAGUUUUUCAUAGACUUGACACAUAUUGUAAAUGCCGUUAAUGCUUCUUUUAAGAGACAUGAUCAAUUGGAAGUUGUUGAAGCAGCUAGGAUUGCUCGAUUGGUAGCUGGGGAAGAGAUUGCCACAGGAACCGGUGUUAAUCAAAUGAGUACCUUACAACGAGCUGGUGAUACUCGUUGGAGUUCACAUCUGAAUUCUAUAUCAAGUGUUAUUCGAUUGUAUGAAUCAUCUUACAAAGUUCUGGAAGACAUAAAGAAAGAUGGGUAUACCGCCAAAAACAAAGGGGAUGCUCGUGUAGCUUUGAAGAUGUCAUCAUAUGAGUUUAUUUUCAUUCUACUUCUAUUGAAUGAUAUCUUUGGCACCACUGAUACACUUUGUCGUGCUAUGCAGCAUAAGUCUCAAGACAUUGUGAAUGCCAUGAGUUUGGUGAAAAUUACUAAAAUGGUGUUGAACAAAAUGAGAGAUGAAGGUUGGGAUUUUUUCUUGGCAAAGGUCAACAAGUUCUGCAAGGAGUAUGGUAUUACUGUUCCAGAUUUUAGUGCUCCACAUUUUGAAGGUCGUCCUUGCAGACAGGUAGAUACUAUCACAAAUGAGCAUCAUUAUCAUUUUGAUAUAUUCAAUGCUGCCCUUGAUGUUCAGAUAGAGGAAUUGAGAGCAAGAUUUGAGGAAAAGAUUGUUGAACUUCUGAAAUUGAGCUCGAGUUUGGAUCCUAGCAAUGGAUAUAAAGCCUUCGAUGCUAAUGCUAUUUGCAGUCUUGCAGAAAAGUAUUAUCCUUUGGAUUUUUCUGAGAAAGAAAUAGAUAGAUUGGCAUUCCAGUUGAGGAUUUUUCAUGGUGCUGCUCUUGCACAUCCUACUUUGGUGAAUCUAUUAUCUGUUGCUGAACGGUGUCAUGGUUUAGCCGAGUCUGGGAAGUCAAAGGACUUCGAUCUUGUUGAUCGCCUGAUUCGUCUUGUUUUGACUCUUCCAGUCUCUACUGCUAGUGGGGAACGAGCUUUUUCUGCCAUGAAGUUAGCGAAGACCAAACUGCGCAACAAAAUGGGUGAUGAUUUUCUAGCCGAUGGUCUUAUUAUUUAUAUUGAACGUGAUAUAGUGGACACUUUUAGUUUAGAUGAUAUUUUGAGUGAUUUUAUUGAUAUCAAAGAGCGACGUGUACGUUUAAGAUAAUAAAUAAUAUUAAUAUAUUUUAUAUUAUUAC